GAAUUCGUGACCAUGCCUCAAAAGUCAAAACUUGGGAAUCGAUAGCUUCCGAUAACCUCAUCAAUCCCCACUUCCUCUCGUUCCUCACCAUUCUUUCCACACAUGCCCUCCUCAUCCCCAUCCUUUGAAGUUUGAAGCUCCGAUCCUAAACUCACGACUGUGCGCUCGUCUCCACCCUUCGAAGCUUCGACCCUCCGCUCCUCGUCAAGCUGGUAGCGUCGCCCACUUCCACCGUCAUCGCCGGUGUCACCUAUUCUCCUAGUCGCAGCUCUGGUUGGUGGCAGGUUCGUUCACUCCCAAGAAUGAUAGAUCACAGAUCUUCGCCGUCGGAAAAUCUCGCCGUCCGAUUUCUGCUUUCGACCUUGGGACUUUGCAAUUUGCAAUUUUGGUGAAAUCAAAGUGGAUCUGAGUUUUGGCUGUAACUUGCGCCAUGAGUAUCUGAUUGCAGCAGGCUUGCUUAUUUUCUUGGAUUCUUUCAUUUUCCGAUGGGCAACGGCAUAUGCAAGUUGACCGUUUGCUUUACCGGCGGUGGAGGCCGUCAACAGAAGCAGGACAUAUCUUAUUUGAUCUCUCAGCCUCUUGACGAGGGACUGGGCCACUCCUUCUGCUAUGUUAGGCCUGACCCGACCCGUCUGUCUUCUUCCAAAGUCCACUGUGAGGAGACCACAACCUUCCGAACAAUCUCCGGCGCAUCUGUGAGUGCCAACACAUCUACCCCUCUUUCCACAGCCUUCGUUGAUUUGUACUCUUACGGUUGCAUCGACAGAGCUGCAGCUUUCGAGAGUUCAACUUCUUUUGCUUCCCUUCCUCUGCAGCCAAUCCCUAGAAAUCUCAUGAAUUCCGGUCCUUUCUCGGGCAAUCUUGGUCUGAUUCCUGGAUCGGGUCCGCUUGAAAGAGGAUUCAUGUCUGGUCCAAUAGAGCGUGGAUUUAUGUCGGGUCCAAUCGAUCGGGGCUUGUUUUCGGGUCCUAUGGAAAGGGGUAGUUCUGAUCAGUUUCAAAGAAGCUACUCUCACGGGGGUUUUGCGUUUAGACCCAGAACGCGAAAAGGCCGAUGGAUUCAAGUUCUUCAGAGGGCGAUUUCGAAGACAUUAUCUCAGGGACAACACUCAAUUGUCUCUUCCAUCAAAGGGAUUAAAGAACCGGAGUGGAUUAUCGAACCAGAGAGGCACAACGAUAACCUGAUGGUAAGCAGUGUGAAUUUCAGCAGCGAUGGUAGUUUAGAAGAUGAUGAUUCGAUGGAAAGUCAAAAUCUUCAAUGGGCUCAAGGGAAAGCGGGCGAGGAUAGAGUCCAUGUUGUGGUUUCAGAGGAGCACGGUUGGGUUUUCGUGGGGAUUUACGAUGGCUUUAAUGGUCCUGAUGCUCCCGAUUACCUUCUGUCUAAUUUGUAUGGUGCUGUUCAUAAAGAAUUGAAGGGAUUAUUAUGGGACGACGGGUCUGAAUCCUCCAACGCCACCCCCGACAUGUCCGGUCUUCCGACGAAUAAUUCAAAUUUGGAAGGAUCGUUACAAGGCAGCGAUAGUGAUGUUGGGAAGGAUAGGGUGGUAAUUGCUUGUUCUCAAUGUGUCGAGCAGGAGAAUGAUGCAUGCCCAAGUGGAGAUGCGGAUAUUGAUAAGAAAAAGCGAGGUAAGAAUUGCAAGAACAAGUACAGAGGGGCGACAAAGAAAUGGGAGGAGAAUCAGAGAAGGUGGAAGUGUGAGUGGGACCGUGAAAGAGUAGAACUUGAUAGGAGAUUAAAGGAACAGUUGAAUCGAUCUGGUUCCGGUGACUGCAACAACCCAAUAAAUCAUUCAGAUGUACUGGAAGCUCUUUCGGAAGCUCUGAGAAAAACAGAGGAGUCUUAUUUAGAAGUUGCGGAUAAGAUGGUCAUGGAAAAUCCGGAGCUAGCUCUGAUGGGUUCGUGCGUUCUCGUAAUGUUAAUGAAAGGAGAGGAUGUUUAUGUGAUGAACGUUGGUGAUAGCAGAGCGGUAUUGGGUCAAAAGGCAGAGCCUGAUUAUUGGCUUGGCAAAAUCAAGCAGGACUUGGAGAGGAUCAAUGAAGAAACAAUGCAUGAUCUUGAAUGCUUGGACGAUGACAGAUCAAAUUUGGUGCCUAGUCUAAGUGCCUGUCAACUAACCAAGGAUCAUUCUACCAAUGUCGAGGAAGAGGUCCAGAGAAUACUGAGAGAACACCCAGAUGAUGCUUGCCCAAUGGUAAAUGAUCGCGUUAAGGGUUCCCUGAAGGUUACUCGAGCAUUUGGUGCCGGCUAUCUCAAGCAGCCGAAGUGGAACAAUGCGCUUCUGGAAAUGUUCAGAAUAGACUAUGUAGGAACGUCUCCAUACAUCACCUGCCUACCAUACCUAAAGCACCACAGAUUAGGGCCAAAAGACAAAUUUUUGAUCCUGUCAUCUGAUGGGCUUUAUCAAUACCUGACAAACGAAGAGGCUGUAACAGAAGUUGAGCUUUUCAUCACGUUGCAGCCUGAGGGAGACCCUGCUCAGCAUUUGGUCGAAGAAGUUCUCUUCCGUGCUGCAAAGAAAGCUGGUUUGGACUUCCACGAGUUGCUGGAAAUACCACAGGGAGACAGGCGUCGUUACCAUGAUGAUGUUUCUAUCAUUGUUAUUUCCUUGGAGGGAAGGAUAUGGAGAUCCUGUGUAUAACUGUAAGGGAAAUCCAUACCUUAAGCUGAGGAAGAAAACCUUGAAAAAGGAGAGAUAUAUAGUGCCCAAGGGUCACGCAUUUGAUUUUUGUCGUUUUCAUUUAACCUCCCUCGUCGCCCUUUGUAAAAUAGCAAGUAAGCUCUGGGAUUGAGCCUAAGAGACUUAGUUGUGCAAUUUAGCGGGUGGCGAGGGAUAUAAAGUUGUAAAAGCUGAAUUUUGUUCAUUAUAAGUUUAUUAUAUUACGGUGAAUUGUAAUUUUCUGGCCAAGUCAUUCCUUAAAA